CACUGAAAUGAAAUUUUGCCUCCUGAAACAACAUUUGAAACACCGACACAGAACUCUAGAACAACCUCCACCUCCCCCCACCCUUCCAACAUCCCCAAAAAAUCCCAUUUUAUCCCAGAAAAAAGGCGUCAAGCGGAAAGCCGACACCACCACCCCAACAACCACCGCCAUCAUCGCCACCAGCGGCGGCGAAUCCUCCCCUUCCAUCCCCGAAAACCCCAAAGCCGCCAAAAUCCCGGCGCGACGCGAGAGCGGCCGACCCAUCAAACCCCCCAGGAAAGAUCUCCCAGAUUCCCAACAGCACCAAACUUCCAAGAAAGGGAAACUUUCGGAGCAGUUGAAAUAUUGUAACGGCAUCCUGAAGGAAUUGUUGUCCAAGAAACACGCGGCGUACGCCUGGCCCUUCUACAAACCCGUGGACGCGUCGGCGCUGGGGCUGCACGAUUAUCACGAUAUCAUCAAGCACCCCAUGGACCUCAGCACCAUCAAGCGGAAGAUGGAGAACCGGGAAUACCGCGACGCGCAGGAAUUCGCCGCCGACGUCCGGUUGAUGUUCUCCAACUGCUACAAGUACAACCCCCCUGACCACGACGUGGUGGCCAUGGCCAGGAAACUCCAGGACGUGUUCGAGUUCAGCUACGCCAAAAUGCCGGACGAGCCUCAGGAUUCCGGCGGCGCCGCGGCCUCGGCUCCGCUCCCCAUUCCCAAAUCCUCGUCCGAGGAAUCGUCCAGCGAGGAGGAGGAGGAGGAAGAGGAAGAGGAGGAGGAGGAAGACGAGGAGAGCUCGACGGAAACGUCGUCGGAGAGCGAGGAGAGCUCGGAUUCCGAGGAGGAGAGAGCGAAUCGGCUGGCGGAGCUGCAGGAGCAGCUGCGCGCCGUGCACGAGCAGCUGGCCGCGCUCUCGCAGGGCCCCGUGUCCAAACCCAAACGGAAACGGGAGAAGAGGAAGAGGAAGAAAACGGAAAAGCACAAAGGGAGGGCGGGGCCCGAGGAGGAAACGCGAGCGAGGCAGGCGCAGCUCCGGAGAGCGCGGAAAGGAUCGGCCGGAACGGCUCCCAAAAGCUCCAAACGCAGCAGCAAAACCCCCGCGGCCGCUCCGCCUCCGACUUUGGCCGAUUCCGAGGAAGAGGAAGAAUCCAAACCCAUGACCUACGACGAAAAACGUCAGCUGAGCUUGGACAUCAACAAACUCCCGGGAGAAAAAUUGGGAAGAGUCGUUCACAUCAUCCAAUCCCGGGAACCUUCGCUCCGAGAUUCCAACCCCGAGGAGAUCGAGAUCGACUUCGAGACAUUGAAACCGUCGACGCUGCGCGAGCUGGAGAGAUACGUGUUGUCGUGUCUGAGGAAAAAACCACGGAAACCCUACAGCGAGACCCUGAAGAAGCCGGUGGGGAAAACGAAAGAGGAGCUGGCCCUGGAGAAAAAACGGGAAUUGGAGAAGCGGCUCCAGGACGUCAGCGGGCAGCUCAACUCCGCCAAGAAACCCCCAAAAAAAGCGAGCGAGAAGCCGGAAUCGGCGGCGGCGGCGGCGGCGUCGCGGCUCAGCGCCUCCAGCUCCAGCUCGGACUCGAGCAGCUCUUCCUCUUCCUCCUCCUCCUCCGACACCAGCGACUCCGAGUCCGGAUAAUUCCCGGGGGAAAACGCGGAAUUCCUGGGGAAAACACGGGAUUUCUUGGGAGAAAAGAGAGAAUUCCUGGGGAAAAUGAGAGAAUUCCUG